GGGCGGGCGCGGCUGAAGGAGCGGGGCCGCCGCCGCCGGGGAGCCAGCCUCACUUCCUAGGAGUGCGGGGAGACCACAGCCUGCCGGGGGCUGCGAGCGGUGCCGCAGACAGACCUCUUGGCUCCCAGAUGGCCAAUUCCCUCAACGGCCGGAACCCGCGCAAGGGACGGAUCCUGGGCUUCAUCGAUGCCAUUCAGGAUGCUGUGGGCCCCCCCAAGCAGGCAGCUGCUGACCGCAGGACUGUGGAGAAGACCUGGAAACUUAUGGACAAAGUGGUAAGAUUGUGCCAAAACCCAAAGCUUCAACUCAAAAACAGCCCACCUUACAUACUUGACAUUCUACCUGAUACUUACCAACAUUUGCGACUUAUACUGAGCAAAUACGAUGACAACCAGAAACUUGCACAACUCAGUGAGAAUGAGUAUUUUAAAAUCUACAUUGACAGCCUUAUGAAAAAAUCCAAACGGGCCAUAAGACUCUUUAAAGAAGGAAAGGAAAGAAUGUAUGAAGAGCAGUCACAGGACAGGAGAAACCUUACAAAGCUGUCUCUCAUCUUCAGCCACAUGUUAGCAGAAAUCAAGGCUAUUUUUCCAAAUGGACAAUUCCAGGGUGAUAACUUCCGCAUCACCAAAGCCGACGCUGCAGAUUUCUGGAGGAAAUUCUUUGGAGAUAAAACUAUAGUGCCAUGGAAGGUGUUCAGGCAGUGCCUUCAUGAAGUUCAUCAGAUUAGCUCUGGUUUGGAAGCAAUGGCUCUUAAAUCUACUAUUGACUUGACCUGCAAUGACUACAUUUCAAUUUUUGAAUUUGAUAUCUUCACUAGAUUAUUUCAGCCAUGGGGCUCAAUCUUAAGGAAUUGGAACUUCUUAGCUGUGACACAUCCUGGAUAUAUGGCAUUCCUGACGUAUGAUGAAGUGAAAGCAAGGCUGCAGAAAUACAGCACUAAACCUGGGAGCUACAUUUUCAGACUGAGUUGCACUCGCCUAGGCCAGUGGGCCAUUGGCUAUGUGACUGGAGAUGGGAACAUCCUGCAGACCAUACCUCACAAUAAGCCUCUGUUUCAAGCUUUGAUCGAUGGCAGCCGGGAAGGAUUCUAUCUGUUCCCUGAUGGACGAAGUUAUAAUCCUGAUUUGACAGGAUUAUGUGAGCCCACACCACAUGAUCACAUAAAAGUCACACAGGAGCAGUAUGAAUUGUACUGUGAAAUGGGUUCCACUUUUCAGCUGUGUAAAAUCUGUGCAGAGAAUGACAAGGACGUGAAGAUAGAGCCUUGUGGACACCUUAUGUGCACUUCUUGUCUUACAGCCUGGCAGGAAUCAGAUGGCCAAGGCUGCCCUUUCUGCCGCUGUGAAAUCAAAGGGACUGAGCCAAUCAUUGUGGAUCCUUUUGAUCCCAGGGAUGAGAAUUCCAGGUGCUGCAGUAUUAUGGAUAGCUUCAGUAUGCCCAUGUUGGACUUGGAUGAUGAUGAUGAUAGAGAAGAGUCUCUAAUGAUGAAUCGUUUGGCUUCGGUCCGAAAGUGCAAUGACAGGCAGAAUUCACCAGUGACUUCCCCAGGAUCUUCCCCUCUUGCACAACGAAGAAAACCACUUCCAGACCCCCUGCAAAUCCCUCAUCUUAGUCUUCCUCCUGUCCCUCCCCGUCUGGAUCUGAUUCAGAAGGGAGUAGCACGGUCACCGUGUGCCAGCCCAACCGGGUCACCCAAGUCUUCUCCCUGCAUGGUGAGGAAGCAGGACAAGCCUUUGCCAGCGCCGCCACCUCCCCUGCGAGACCCUCCUCCGCCGCCGCCGGAGCGGCCGCCGCCGCUGCUGCCGGAGAGCCGGGCCGCCAGGCACCUGCACCCGGCCGAGGGCCUGCCCGCCCGGGAGCAGCCCGUGCCCCUCGAGGCCUGGUGCCCCAGGGACGUGUUCGGGAGCGGCCCGCUGGCGGGCUGCCGCGGCGGGGGCGACGCCUCCCCCAAGGCGGGCCUGACCGCCACUGCGAACGUGAACGGGAGGCACGGCCGCCUCAGCGCGGAGCCGGGAUUCAUCAGGAAGCACAGGCGGCACGAGCUGCCCGCAGAAAGCGCCAAGGUUUUUUCCAAUGGUCAUCUGAUAAAUGAAGAAUAUGAUGUCCCUCCACGGCUUUCACCCCCUCUUCCAGCUGGCUCUGUCAUCCCUAGUAUAAAGUGCCCUGGUCCUUCAGCAAAUUCUCUGUCUGAUAAAUCAAGGGAACACCCAGAUGAUGAUGAUGAAUACAAAAUUCCUUCUUCACAUCCUGUAAUACUGAGCUCACAACCACCUCAUGGUCAUAAUAUAAAACCUCUUGCUCGGGUGUGUGAGAACGGCCAAUGCGCGAAUGGAACCCACGGUGCUACUUCCGAGAUAAAGAAAUCGAAACAUCCAGAGUCAGGAGAUGUCUAUGAUGCACCUACUGUUCCGGUACCUUUGCCUCCUGCACGGCCUCCUGCCAGAGACAACCCCAAACACAGCUCUUUGCUCAACAGGACACCCUCCGAUUAUGAUCUUCUGGUGCCCCCUUUAGGUGAAGAUGUAUUUGACAGCUCACCCCCCUCACUCCCACCACCACCACCACCUGCUCGGCACAGCAUGAUUGAGCACACAAAACCUGCAGGCUCAGGGAGCCGACCCUCGUCAGGACAUGAACUGUUCCUUCAUUCUGAUCCCCAUUUUGACUCAAUAACUGGUCAUGUUCCUUUGCCACCUGCUCGGAGAGCACCUGGUGAAAAUGUCAAAACAAAUAGGACAUCUCAAGACUAUGAUCAACUUCCUCCAUCUUCAGAUGGUUCACAAGCACCAGCCAGGCCCCCUAAACCACUUCCUCGGAGAACUGCACCAGAAACACAUCACAGGAAAGCAUACAGCUCUGACAGUUCCACGGAAAAUGUGGAUGCAAAAAUUGCAAAACUUAUGGGAGAGGGCUAUUCCUUUGAAGAAGUCAAGAGGGCACUUGAAAUUGCCCAGAAUAAUGUUGAUGUGGCCCGCAGUAUUUUAAGAGAGUUUGUCUGUUUUCCUCCACCAGUCUCCCCGCGUCUCAAUCUAUAGCAGCAUCAAGAUUUUCUUGGAGUAUAUGAAUUCUGCAGAUACACAUGUGGAUUGGGGAAUGAGAGGAAGAACAGAAUGGAAUAUUUUUAUUCAUCCUUAGCAGAAGGGUGUUUGUUUCCAGCCGUUUAUCAAAGGCUCCUGGCUGCUCUGAUCAAGACUUAUAAAUAUGCUGAGGCUUAUGUAUUUUUGCUAGCCAUACUUUUUUAAAUCAGGGUUGAACUUACAAAAUAAUUUAAAAAAAAGUUUACUUCCCUAGAACUUUUAAUCUGUGAAAUGCUUUUUCUUGUUUACAAGUUGGCAAGUUACAGUUUUCUAGUUUGUGCCUGUACUAUGUCCUGUUCAUAUUCCCUUGUACUUGUGGUCAGUUCUGCUGUAGCAUUCCCAACAGUUUCCAUGCUGACCACUCCAUCAACUAAAUCAUCACUUUCCAGGAGUUCUGUUUUUCUUUCGGUCUUUUUUUUUUUUAACAAGAUGCUUUAAUUGUUUUUUGCAUUUCAGCUCAUCAAAUGCAAAAAGUAUGUGGCCUUCACUACUGAUUUUUUUUUUCUUCUGAGAUUCCUUUGCUUUUGAGAGAGGAGAUAUCUGAAUGUAAAAUACAUUAUUCUGUGAACUGCCUUUUUAAAGGUAUUUUGACAGUAAUGUUGGGCAGCUUUCUGUUUAACAAGAGUUCCAUGACCUGAAGUCUCAAGGUCUUUUAUAUACAGUUUCCACAAAAAAAUCCCAACCAACAAAUAAAACACUUCAUGCAGCAGUGAUACUGAGUUCUCACGUGUAAAAUCUCUUUCAAAAUUGAGUAUUUGAUUGCAGAUGUUUAAAAAAAUCCAAAUGCACAUGAUAAUACUGUGUUUUGAUUACACACUAAUGGCACCAAUUCUUCAUGGCAAGACUAAAAGGAAUCUUUUUCAAUUAUAUUAAAGGUAUUCAGAUGAAUUCCAGUUCUAGAUUCAGUAAAGUAGAAUGCGGUUAAUGUUUUGUUUGAGUGAUUAUCCUGUGGUUCAUUGUGGCUUGGAUCAGUUUGUAUUAACUUGGAAACUUUAAAUCUUUGAUGCACUGUUAAUUCCUAAUGCUACUGUAGCAAUAUUUUUUGCAAAGUUUUUUAAUAACCUCCCUCCCCUGUACACUUCAAAAUCCUCAAGGAUGUGUUGAACACCCAAAUUCAUUCAGUCACUUUCCAGCUGCUUAGUUGGAAAUAUAUUUUUGCAUUACUUGAUUAGUGAUACUCCAAACUUUGGCAUUUUAUUUUUGAGCCCAAAUUGAUGCAAGCCAAUUUUUAAAUCUUACUGAUUUUAAAAAAAGUGAGAGAAGACAAUUCUGUUCUGAGUAUGUUCAAGUUGAGUCCAGAUAUUUCCAGGAAAAUUCUUAAGAUUGCUGCUUUCUUGGUUUUUUUUAGGAAACUUUGAAUUUUUUCUUCUAAUACUGUUGAACAAAUAAAAAAAAAUGUGGUAAUUAGAAUGUUUUUCUCAUUUUGAUAUGUGAUGAGUAUAUGAAAAUUUUCAGUGUGCCAGGCUGGGUGUGAGGUAUAUAUUCAUUAUUCCCUUUCAGCUGUAGGUGUUCUCUUUCACUCUGAGCAAGUGCUAGAAUUUGUAUCACUUACAGGAUCAGGUCUCAUCAGCCAGUGCAUUUGUUGUAAAGGUGUUUUGAAAACAGCAUGUGGCUGAACUGCAGGAUUUGAAGUAUCUGAGAACACCCGUUGGAAAUUACUCUGCUAUCUCAAAGUCCCAUUGUUUCAUGAAAAAAAUUGUUCUUAAAACUAAUUUAUUUAUUUUGUAGCAUCACAAAGCAUAAUAUGGAUAUUGUUAAUCUGUGUCAGUGAUAAAAGGGUGAUCAGGAGAAUACAGGGUAUAGGGAAGAGCUGCUGCAGCAUUUGGAUAUGAGCAAAUGCUUCUGAGUUUGUACAUCUUCCUGUAAUUGUUCAUUCCUCAAGUACAGCUUAGGAAAAGUUUUGGUGUAAGUUAUAUUCUGUGCUUUUGGCUCAAGUUAAUCUCUUUCCUCUCUUUUGGGAGAAAGUUUUGUAUGGUAUGGAACCCUCUUGUUCAUUUGGUUUGUUUGCAGCAUCACUGUAGCAUUUUUGCUAGCUGUAAAUUGAAAAUGAUUCAGGCUAUUAAAUUAUACACUCUGGUUGUACUGGAAUUACUGAAAUGAGGUUCUAGCAUAACUGCCAGCAUAGCAAUGAUGAAAAAAAGAGCCUUUUACAAGGACGAACAAACAAUCUGCAGAUUGAGUUUUGAAAUUUUGAAUUGUAAUGAAGAGCUCAUUUUCUCCUUUUUAUGCAGCAGCUUAGUAUAAAUUACAUCCUUAUAUUUCAAUUAGAGGCUGGAACUGCUGCCUGAUAGAUUAAGGUUUUUAAAGUUUUCCUUCUUUCUGGUUGUGACUACCAGUGACACUUUUUUUUUAUUAUAUGUUAAAAAAACCAAACUUGAUUAGCAAUAUUUUGAAUGGUUACUUGAAGAGAUUUCCAUUAAUCUUUAAAUGAGUGUGCUAAUAACAUUUCUAAAUAGUGGAACGUGCAGACUGUUUCAGACCUGUUCUGGUUAAAGUCAAACAGCAAAGUUGCUUUGCUAGAGUGUUGAUGUGUACUCUGCAGGAAUUAAUAGGCUUAAAAUAAAUUAAUCUGGCUGCAGUCUAGUUCUCUAAAGACAUAGUUCUCUAAACAUAGUUUUAACCUUUGAAAGACUUAAGGGUUUGAGCCUGGCAGUGUGUUAUGCACUUACAUAACUUCAAGGAAGACUGAUUUGAAUGAGAGUGCGUGGGUGAACAAAAUUGGUUAAACUCAGAAACAUUUGAAGUCUUUAGACCAUCCUAGUGUUGUCUGUUGGCCUCACCUUUUCUCUCCUUUUGGCUAAGUUACUGCAUUUUAAACAAAUUGGCUGAAUCAGAAGUUGGGCAGAGCAAGUGAACAUCAGCAGCACAGAUCUUUUCCAAAGGCUAUGUGUAGGAAAAAUUAAAAUUGUGGUAAAGGAAGCUAAUAUAAUUAGCCAUGUUAAUGGCUUGUCUGGAACCCUAAAAUGGCCACUGGUAAAAUUCGUUAAUGUCCAGUAUCUCAAGAGUGCAUCUGGCACAGCUUUUUUAUAAUGUGAAUUUAGGAAAUUUUGUACCAGGAUCAUUUCUUCUGUUGUAUUUCUCCUGUUUUCAGCUUGAAGCUUUACUUUGCACUGACAACUCUGACCUGAAAUUUGUGUCUUAAAUAUUGACAAAUUUUGAAGCAAAUGAACACCGUAUUCAGAGCACAUUCAGGUGCUACCUGAUGACCUGGAAUAUAGCGCUUUUAGGAGUGACUUCUUGAAAAAGGACUUCAGCAGCUUCCAUUUUGAAGGAUUUUCUUUCAAAUAACUAUUUUAUCUGAAAAUGCCUUUUAUAAACUUGUCUAAUGUGGCAAAUUUAGUGACGUGUUCAAUUAAUUUAUAUUUUAUUCAACAUUCUUUUUAAAUUUUGGUUAUUAUGUAUGCUCAAGUUCUUUAUCUGUUCAUGUAAGGUAUUUUAUAAAAUGAAUGUUAAGAGAA